GUGUCUUGAUUGAUUGGGCAUUCAAAUGGUGGCAGUCGGAUGCUCCACCGCAAGUGGGUUCUGUUAUUGCUGCUGGCGGAAUGGCUUAUGUGGUCGUUAGCCACCCUUCACCCUCCGCUCACCGCCGCUGUCCACAGGGCCCGUAUCAUCAAUGCUCCUCGCUCCACCAUCGACCCCCAAGGCUAUUGGGGCCGGAAAUGUUGUUAUCAUAAUUUAUUAAGGAUAAUCCACAAAUUCCAUUAGAACGUUGUUUCCAUCAAAGUAAUGAAAUAAACCCUUCUCAGAAAUCCAAAGCUUCCAGUUCUUUUUCAAAGGGAUCAUUUCCUUGUAGUUUGUACCACAUGGGGGACGUGGAACUGGGAUCCGGGGCUUUGUAGUGGAGGCUGCACAGACCAGAGGGCUCCUGAAUUUUCUGUUUCUUUCGCGCGCAGACGCCAGACGGCAGCCGCACACGUGGUCGCGCCAUUUUGUGAAAUUUGGCGGGUUGCCCCCGUUGAAUUUUGCGCAACACUGGGGGCAUUCCUGUCAUUUUAUUGCCCCGCGCUAGGGUUUUGCGUAUAUUCACCCUGUCGGUUCUUUCUCUGCAUCUCUUCCAUCAUCCCAUUUUCCUUCCUGCCUUUCCUCACUACAAUUCUUACUUUCUCCAUUGUCAUUUUCAACCUUUCUCACGCUUGCUCUGCUUCUGGUUUCUCCCCGAGGUUUCCUCAAUUUUGUUUGGCCAUAUAAACCUAUGCGUUUUUCCCUAGCCCAUGCGUUUUUCUUCCUCUGGUGAUUGUAAGAUCUGCUUGAUUUGAAUUCUUGCUGCGGUAGGUCGAUGGUAAUGAUGGAUAUAAAGGUGAAGGAAUCUUCAUCGGAUGAAUCGGGUGACGUCAAUAAGUGCUGCACUGAUUGCAGAACCACGAAAACCCCACUCUGGAGAGGAGGGCCAGCUGGGCCCAAGACGCUAUGCAACGCUUGUGGGAUUAGAUACAGGAAGAGAAGGACGUCUGCGGUCAGAUUCAACAGAGGGCUGGAUGGGAAAAGAGAUAGAGCUCAUAAUUCUAGCGGUGACGCUGCUGAUGCUGUCACCGUCACCGUCAUCUCCACCGCUGCUACAGCCACUAAUGACAAUCAGGUGAGGGAAUCGGUGGAAAGGAACACGAUAGGAUGGAGUGAGGAGGUUUCAUUGCAGAGCGUGCCGGCGGUUUUGAAGAAACAGAGAUGCCAGAGGAAAAGGAAGUUAGGGGAAGUGGAGGAAGCGGCUUUCUGUUUGAUGGCAUUAUCCUGUGGCUUUAUUUUCGCUUAGAGGGAAACAAAUCUCGAGGGAGUGGGGUUAACAAUUUUAAGAUAACCCCAGUCAACGUGACCCUUUUUGGUUUCAUACGGUGGCUAACUUCUUAGUUUCUGUAGGCGUGUAUAGUUGUUCUUUGCAUUGAUGAAGCGAAAUUCCCUGGGUUCAUCUUACAGGGGAAUGAAACAAAGUUUGGAGUGUGUUUCGGGGAUAGAAAGUCGAAGGCAAAGGAGACAUUUGUCAUAGGAAUUAGGAAUAGCGACUACUUUCCUCUUCUUUUUUUUUUGGUGGUGGGAAUAUGCUCAAUUGAUGUAAAUAUUUCACUGUACAUAUUAUAUUAAGUGUUGCCCUGAAUCAUAUUCGAAGCAUGGUGUUUCGGUUACGCCAUUGGUGACCUUUA